CUACUGCAUUUUCGACUUCGGGCAUCGACAACAGUAUACUCAAAUAUGCAGCGUCCUUUGCCUAUGCAACCUACCGUUGUCCUCCUCAAGGAGGGCACAGACUCUUCGCAAGGAAAAGGACAGCUUCUGUCCAAUAUUUCGGCGUGUCUUGCGAUCGCGGACACGCUCUCCAGCACCCUCGGUCCUAGAGGUAUGGACAAGCUGAUCGUCAACGACAAGGGACAGGCUCAGAUUACGAACGACGGUGCGACGAUCCUGAAACUCCUCGAGAUCGUUCAUCCUGCAGCAAGGUCAUUGGUGGAUAUCGCACGGGCUCAGGAUGCGGAAGUGGGCGAUGGCACGACAAGUGUGGUUCUGCUGGCUGCGCAGUUUAUGAAGGAGAUUCGAGGAUACAUUGAAGAGGAUGUUAGUCCUCACAUCAUCAUGAAAGGGUUCCGCCAGGCCUCUCAGCUGGCGGUCGAUCGCAUCAAGGAAAUCCAGGUCUCUGUUGAUAAGUCUGACCCAGAAACGUUCCGUUCCCUCCUGUUAAAGGUUGCUUCAACGUCCAUGUCCUCGAAACUCAUCCAUUCCGAAAAGCCUUUCUUUUCAAAAAUGGUUGUGGACGCCGUACUUUCCCUUGACCAGAAAGAUCUGGACGAAUCUCUCAUCGGAGUCAAAAAAAUACCUGGGGGCGGUAUGCAAGAUUCCCUCCUCAUUGGUGGUGUUGCAUUCAAAAAGACUUUCACCUACGCUGGUGCCGAGCAACAACCAAAAUCCUUCAAGGACCCUUUGGUUCUUUCUCUCAACGUCGAACUUGAGCUCAAGGCUGAGAAGGACAAUGCGGAGGUCCGGGUGGAUGCUGUUUCCGAUUACCAGGCAAUUGUAGAUGCAGAGUGGGAGAUCAUCUAUCGGAAGCUGGAGGAAAUCGAGAAGACGGGCGCCAAAGUUGUUUUGAGCAAGCUGCCUAUAGGAGAUCUUGCGACACAAUGGUUUGCGGACCGUGACAUCUUCUGCGCAGGCCGUGUUCCUGCUAGCGAUCUGCGCCGGGUCGUGCAGGCGUUGGGAGGAUCGAUUCAAUCCACAACUUCAGACAUCAGCCGGGAGCAUUUGGGCUCAUGUGGUAAGUUUGAAGAACGGCAAAUCGGUGGCGAACGGUAUAAUGUUUUCGAGGGGUGCCCCAAAGCGAAGACAUGCACGUUACUGCUACGCGGCGGCGCCGAACAGUUCAUCGAGGAGGUAGAACGCAGCUUGCACGAUGCUAUCAUGGUUGUCAAGCGGGCUGUGAGGAAUGGUGAAGUCGUAGCCGGCGGUGGCGCCAUCGAGAUGGAACUCUCUGCUUACAUCCGGAAGCACGCACUUUCUAUCCCAGGAAAGCUGCAACUCGUGCAGAUCGCCUUCGCCAAGGCACUCGAAGUUAUCCCUCGCCAGAUCUGUGACAACGCUGGUCUCGACUCCACCGAUAUUCUGAAUAAGCUUCGUAUGAAACAUGCCAACGGCGAAAGAUGGUUUGGUGUCGAUGUUGAUGGCCCUGAGGGUGUCCGGGACAACAUGGAGGCGUUCGUCUGGGAGCCAAGCCUCGUAAAAGUCAACGCGAUCAGUAGUGCUGUGGAGGCGGCUUGUCUCAUUAUCAGUGUAGAUGAGACUGUCAGGAAUCCCCAGAGCGAAGCACAAACCGCAGGUCCCAAAGCGCCACCAGGGACCGCUGGACGGGCGCUCAGAGGCCGGGGACGAGGAGGAGUGCCGCGCCGAUAGAAGAAAAUUGAAGAAAAUAAAAACAUUCAGCAAUGUAGAGUUCCAUUUUUUUUUGUUACCAUCGUCGAAUCAAUGCUGUACUUCUCAUCACUCCUCAUUGCAGUCGAUGUUGAGAGUGCAGUAGGUCACGUGUCGAGACCGUCUCACCGUCUCAUCGCGCCAUCCGAACCUGAGUAGCGCAAUACGACCAGCUGGUCUCAUCUUUU